CCUCUAAACCUAUUCCUCAAACCCUUUUGUUGCAAUGUUACAUCUUGUUUUAAUUUUUGGAGACACAAAUAUUUGUUAUAAUGAUCAGAAAGAACAAAAGAAAGAACAAAAUUGUACAUACAUUAUAAUAGAAAUACAGCUUUAGAUAUGAUGUAAUUAUGUAAAGAUCUUUAGCUAAAGGCCCGUAAACAUUACUGUAUAUGUAAUGUAAACCACACCCUUUUAUUCAGGUAUAUAAUGAUCCUCUACAUCAAUUACUCUUAAUUCAUCUGGAUCAGCUAUGGCACUGUACAUCUCUCUGAUUUUUAUCACUCUAUUCUGCUUCAAAGCUACAUUACAGGGGUCUACAAAUGCAACCAAGUGUUACACCUGUGGUAUCUCAGACACAAACUGCUCAAAGACUGUGGUUUGUAACGGUGAUGAGAAGCAAUGUUUCAGCGCAAAAGUUAUCUUAGUUAAAUUCAAAGGCUGUAUAAGCACAUGUAAUAUAUCGAACAUACCUGGCUCUUCUACUGUAACAUCAAUGACUGACUUAAAAUGUUGCUCCGAAGACCUGUGUAAUGAUGCCCAGAGUUCGACCCAGAGUUUGGUGUUGCUGCUGCUGCUGGCUCCACUUCUUUACAUUCUUCUGAUCUGAGAUCUGGGGGUUUUAGGAGGUUGGGGGUUUUAGGAGGAUAAUUUAGUGUAAUUCUUUCUUCCAAACUUUGUUUUAAAGACCUUCCUUUGCAUAAUCAAGUGUACAAUUUUAAAUCUAAAAGAGUUAUAUAAAUGCAUCACAUUAAUAUUACAUGUAUAUGUAGAUAUGCAACACUAGUGGACAAGAGUUGGCUUGCAGAGAGCAAAACUAGAAAGAGAAAUGUUAAAGUCGACCAAAGUGUUGUGUUUUGUGUUUUUAACUGUUAAGAUAACAACGGGAUAUAUGCCUUGAUACUAUAUUUUGUGAGGGGUCUGGCUACCGAUUUGCAUUCUAAAUAUUGCCAGAAACUGGAAAAUGAAAACUAACAACAAACCAAACCCUAACAUUAACCCUGAAGGUAACUUGAGAGUGCCGAUCCGUAACCAGACCCUGCAGAUGCCUGUUAGUUUUUCUAAACUCAUUUUACAAUUUCUUCAAACUUAAUUUAGUUUACAAUAAAUAAAUAACAUGUUAACUUCCACUGUGUUUAC